GGCAGCAGCAUCCCUUCUUACAUCCUCUUAUCAAUCAUCUCCAAAGCACUGCUUUGAGUCUACCAAGAAAGAGUGGAGAGUGGGAAAGACAGAACUGGUAGUCAAGUGGAGCGCCGAUACUCUGCAUCCCUCCUUUAAGGGACCAAGGAUAGUCUCUGUGAUCUGGCAGGACCUCCUUCCUCGUUCUCUCUCACUUGGACCGGCUGGAUUUUCUGGGACAAGAAGAGCGAUGGGGUCGGGGGUCAGGGGAGGACGGACGACCCGCACGUCCUGCAGGUGGACGGGAGUGUACGUGUGCGUAUGGAGACUUGUCUUAGUGUGCUGCAGAAUCCAGACCGUUUCUGCCCAAACCUCGAGAGACAGCAAGUCGGUGUACUUCUGGGAAACAGGUCCUUGGGGAAGAUGUAUGGGCAGCGAGUGUGGACCGGGUGGCAGUCAGAGCCGGGCCGUGUGGUGUGCCCAUGUGGAGGGCUGGACCACGCUUCCUACCAACUGCCAGCAGUCGUCACGGCCGGCCAACCAGCAGGGCUGCUUCCGUGUCUGUGACUGGCACCGCGAGCUGUACGGCUGGCAGCUUGGCUCCUGGAACCAGUGCUUGCCUGUGGCACAGCUCUCAGGAGGUAGUGGGCACUGUUUACACGGCGAGGCGGGAAUCCAGACGCGGGAGGUAAGCUGCGUGCUAAGAGCCGACGGUUCUCCAGCCGACAAUUCCAUCUGUGAGUACUUUGAGCCGAGGCCACGGCUAGAGCAGGCCUGUCUGAUUCCAUGUCCCAGGGACUGCGUGGUGUCUCAAUUUAGCCCAUGGACUUCCUGCUCCAAGACCUGUGGUCUGGGGCUGCAGAAUCGCGCCCGCUCUGUCUUGGCACCACCCCUAUUCGGAGGCAUGCCAUGUCCCAACCUUACAGAGUUCCGGACAUGUGCACCAAAACACUGUGAGGGCAGGGAGAUGGUUUUUAACUUGCGCUUGGGCUCCUGGAGCGAGUGCCGUCCCUAUCCUGUACCAUCACCAGCAGCAUUCGCUUCUGUCUUACCACCACGCGUUACGCGUCAAGCUCGACGAAGGAAAGGUAAAGAACGGCAGGGUGGCAGGGAUUCAGAGACACGCGAGUUCAUGAAGACUAAACGCACGCGCAACAAGUUGAACCGGCAGGAGAACAGUCUGUGGGGCAUCGAGAUGGGAUACCAGGCACGACAGGUCGUCUGCGUACACCGCAAUGGCAGCACCGUGCCUCUCAGUCAGUGCCCACACUGGAGUCUCCCGGAUCUUUACCGGCCAUGCCUGAUGCCUAAAGAUUGUGUGGUGGGCGAUUGGGCAGAGUGGACUUCUUGCUCAAAGACGUGUGCCGACCCAGAGGCCCCGACGGGCAUCCGGACCCGCAGCAGGGACAUCCAGCAGCUCCCGGUGGCCGGGGGAUCCCAGUGUCCCCUGCUGGAGGAGAGCGAGCUGUGUGAGCCACUGGGAGACGCCAUCCCACCGUGUGCAAUGUACACCUGGAGGACGACGGAGUGGGCGGAGUGCCGCGUGGAUGUGUUGCUCAGCCAGCAGGACCGACGCCGCUCCAACCAGACGGGUUUGUGUGGAGGUGGCAUGCAGACCAGGGAGGUUUACUGCAUCCGUGUUAACGCUGAUCCGAUCUCGGACCUGAGCACCAGCCAAGACAAACCAGAAAGCCAAUCUCAGAGCAGCCAGAAGCCGAGCGUACCACCCAGCCUUCCCAGAACCAUUGAAAACACGGCACUUCAGCCAGUGGACAGCCAGCUGUGCAUGGGUCCUGUGCCGAGUACCAGCCAGCUGUGCCACAUCUCUUGCCCCGUGGAGUGUGAGGUGUCUCCAUGGGGCGCCUGGGGGCCAUGCACCUUUGAAAACUGCAGCGACCAAACCGUGAAGAAAGGUUUCAAAUUCCGACGGCGAAAGAUCACAAACUUCCCGACAGGAGGCGAGAGCAGCUGUGCUCACCUGAUGGAGGCCACGCCCUGCGAUGAACCCAGCUGUUACAGCUGGCAGCUGCUCGGGCUGGAGGACUGCGUUCCUGCUGAGGAUAUAGCCUGCGGGCCAGGAAGUCAGCAUCCGCACAUCCGCUGUGUCGACACUGACGGUAAUGAGGUGAAUAAGGAGCUGUGUGAUGAAACUUCAAUCCCUGGGCCUGUCUCAUGUGUCGUCCCAUGUCCUAAUGACUGCGUCCUCAGCCCAUGGACUUCCUGGUCCACCUGCUCGCAGACGUGCUCGAGUAAAACAGCCGAGGGCAAGCAGAUGAGAACGAGAGCCGUACUGGCUUACAGUGCUCGGGAAGGAGGCUCCAGCUGCCCGAACACCAGCACAUUACAGGAAAUGAGGAGCUGUAACGAGCAUCCCUGCGUUGUUUAUCACUGGCAGACCGGACCGUGGGGGGCAUGCGCUGAGGACGCUUCAGUCACUGUGCUGAACUCCACUCGCACCACGCCCUCCAGACAGGGCGAGACAUCCUGCGCUACGGGCAUGCAGACCCGCAAGGUCAUCUGCGUCAAGGUCAACGUGGGACAAGUCCCUCCAAAAAAAUGUCCAGAAGCUCCUCGUCCCCCAUCAGUGAGACAGUGUGUGCUUCCCUGUAAGAAGGACUGCGCAGUAACAGCGUUCAGCGAUUGGACGUCCUGUCCUUCGUCCUGUGAAGCAGGUACACGACUGAGUGGCCAGAAAAACAACCAGUCCCGUUUCCGUGUCAUCAUCCAAAAGCCUUUGAACGGAGGCCUGGACUGUCCUGAGUUGCUCUAUGAAGAGAGAGAGUGUGAGGUUCCUCGCCCCGCCCCAGUCUGUCCUGGUUACAGAUGGAAAACCCACAAAUGGCGCCGGUGUCAGCUCGUCCCAUGGAGCAUUCGGCAAGACGCCAGAGGCGCUCAGGAGGGAUGCGGGGCGGGGCUUCAGACCAGAGCGGUCUCAUGUCGGCAGCUGGACGGUUCUGUAGCGGACAUAGCCCAGUGUCUGAAGUUUGCGAGCACCAUGCCGGCAGUAAACCAGCCGUGCCAGCUGCCGUGCCGAGACGACUGCCAGCUCACCAACUGGUCCAAGUUCUCAUCGUGCACGGCUGACUGCGUGGGAGUGCGCACGAGGAAAAGGGCCCUAGUAGGAAAGAGCAAAAAGAAGGACAAGUGCAAGAACAGUCAGAUGUACCCCCUGAGUGAGACUCAGUACUGCCCCUGUAAUAAGUACAACGCCCAGCCGGUGGGUAACUGGUCCGACUGCAUCCUGCCCGAGGGCUCCGUGGCCACGCAGGGGACUCGAGUACAGGGAGACAGCCGGGAGUGCGGUCAGGGCUACCGCUACCAGGCCAUGGUGUGCUACGACCAGGACAACAGGCUGGUGGAGACGUCGCGAUGCAACAGUCAUGGCUACAUCGAGGAGGCCUGCAUCAUCCCAUGCCCUUCAGACUGCAAACUCAGCGAGUGGUCCAACUGGUCACGCUGCAGCAAGUCCUGUGGCAGUGGAGUCAAAGUUCGCUCCAAAUGGCUUCGGGAGAAACCAUACAACGGUGGGAGACCGUGCCCUAAACUCGACCAUGUCAAUCAGGCGCAGGUGUACGAGGUGGUGCCGUGCGUGAGCGACUGCUCUCAGUACGUGUGGGUGGCCGAGCCAUGGAGCACGUGGAAAGUCAGCAACGUGGAUCUGAAGGAGAACUGCGGUGACGGGGUGCAGACCAGGAAGGUCAGGUGCAUGCUAAACACCGCCGAUGGUCCCACCGAGGUGGUGGAGGAUUACCUGUGUGACCCCGAGGAGAUUCCCGCAGGUACACGUGAGAGCCGACUGCCGUGCCCGGAUCGCUGCGUGCUGUCCGAGUGGAGCCCCUGGACCAAAUGCCAGCUGCCUUGUAGUGGCCAUGGGGAUCGACAGAGAACAGCUCACGCACUUCGCAUGCCCAAGGAGGGCGAAGAGUGUCCCAAAAGCAUGGAGGCGGAGCCAUGUGUGUUCAACAGGAACUGCUUCCAUUACAGCUACAACAUCACGGAUUGGAGCACGUGUCAGUUAAGUGCCAGCGCUGUGUGUGGAAGAGGGCUGAAGACACGCAUGCUGGACUGUGUGAGAAGUGACGGCAAAUCAGUGGACCUCAGAUUCUGCCAGGAGCUGGGUUUGGAGAAAACCUGGCAGAUGAACGCUUCCUGUAUGGUGGAGUGCCCAGUAAACUGCCAGCUCUCAGAAUGGUCAGUGUGGACAGAGUGCUCUCAGACCUGUGGCCUGGACGGGAGGAUGCUGCGCAGGAGGACAGUGGUCCAGGCGUCUCAGGGUGAUGGCAGGCCGUGUCCCUAUCUGAUUGAGCAGUGGAAACCAUGUCCUGUUCGCCCGUGCUAUCAUUGGCACUACAGCGCCUGGUCCGAGUGCCGUGUCGAGGAAGUGGUGUGCGGAGAAGGCCGGCGCUUCCGGAACAUGUCCUGCUUCGUGUCCGACGGUUCCCGAGACGCCCAGGUCAGCCUGGUGGAGGACGAGCUGUGCUCCGGGUUAGAGCUGGCCGUCGACGGGGAUAAAAAGAUCGUUCUGGAAGAGCCGUGCACUUUACCUUGCCCAGGUGACUGUUAUCUGAUGGAGUGGUCAGACUGGAGCUCGUGUCAGAGUGUGUGUGUAAAAGGUCAGCGUGUGGAUCAGAGUGCUGUGCAGGUACGCUCACGAGCCGUCGUCGUCCAGGAGCCUGAAAACAUCGGCCAGUGCCCCGACCAGGAGUGGCAGUCUCGCCCCUGCAUCGACGGCGAGUGUUUCGACUUUAAGUGGGUGAGCAACUCUCGUUCAGUCUGGUGCGAGCGCUCAGACGGAAUAAACGUCACAGGUGGAUGCCCCCCUACAAUAGCACCAGGAACUGAACAGCCAUGUUUCCCGCCUUGCGACAAGCCACGUUCCUUCUGUUCCAAGGAAGCUGUGUGCGUGUGUGAAGAAGGCUACACCGAGGUGUUAUCUUCUGAAGGUCUGCUGCAGCAGUGUGCUCAGAUCCCCGUGCUGGAGAUUCCCACAGCCGGGAGCAAAAGCGAAGACGUGAAGACGAGCCGCGCCAUCGACCCCACCACCUCUACCACAGGCGAGCCAGACGCCACCGGGCGCACGUGGUACCUCAAACCCUUUGGCCCCGAUGGCAGACUGAAGACGUGGGUUUACGGCGUAGCGGCCGGUGUGUUUGUGCUCCUGGUGUUUAUAGUCUCCAUGGUCUACUUAGCGUGCAAAAAGCCAAAGAAACCACAACGACGACAAAACAACAACAGGCUGAAGCCUCUGACUUUGGCGUACGAUGGCGACGCGGACAUGUAGCCAUGAUGACACUACACACAAACACACACAUUCUCACCCAUAGACACUUGGAAACCAAACUGGGAGCCUUUAUUAAUCAUAGUUAAUUGAAGAAGAUGAAGAUGAGAUGAUC